AAACACUCCACCGUGGUGGGCUAUAACCCGGCGUCUGGUCGAGGAUGGCUCAGUGCCUUUCAGUGCCGCGACUGAGACGAACCUUCUCCUCUCUUUCGUCCUCCAGCAGCACCCGACCGACGACCCGACGCUGAAUCAGUUGCGAAAAACCCAAAAGGGACUUCUUACGCAAACAUGCACCGUCUGGUGGUCGCGUUUUCGGCGGCGACCCUGCUCGUCCUCAUCAUUUCUCCUUCGCUGGUUGCCGGCGUGAAUGAAGACUCAAACUGUCCACAGAUAUGUCCACCCGGCGGCGACCCGGUGUGUGGCUCGGACGACAUCAUCUACCCGAGCGACUGCGAGAUGAGAAAGAAGACCUGCAAUAAAGGAGUGCGUGUUUCUCAGCUGUCAGAGUAUUUGUGCCAAAGAUCGCAGGGCUCCAACUGCACGCACCAGUGCAACGAAGAUUCUGACCCUGUUUGCGGCACGGACGGAAAAACCUAUCUGAACAAGUGCUUCAUGAAGAUGGAAACUUGCAAAACUGGUGCUAUAUUGUCGCACUUGGGUCCGUGCAGCAACAUCACAGCCCACAGUGAAAACUGUCCGGCGAGCUGCAGCGUGGCGCCUAACGACGGCCCCAUCUGCGGCUCAGACGGCAACGUGUACCCGAACACCUGCAUCAUGAAGAUGCGGACCUGCAGACAAGGUGUGGUGAGCAUGGAAAAGUCGAACUGCAAGACCUGCAAGGAGGCCUGUUGGCGCGUGACCAAGCCCGUGUGCGGCUCCGACGGCGUCAUCUACCCCAACUCGUGCAAGAUGCGCUCCCAAAACUGCGGAAAGAACAUUAUCGAGAUCCCGAUGAGGUACUGCAUGAGUGUGACACAGAACUUCUCGCAAAUUAUUCCAUCUCUCUAAGAUAAUCAUUUUUUAUGUUUAUUAUUAUUCAUAAUUAUUUGUGAUCCAAAAAGGAAAAUUUACAGUGCAAAUAUCAAAUAAAAUUAUAAUUCAUUAUCGUGCAAUAAUUUUAUUGAAUUUUAUAAAGAAAUCUACGUCAGAAAUAUCAUUUGCUGUCACUUUAAUUAAAUGUUAAAAGCAUUAUAUUUAUUGGCAUCAAACUUUUGCAAUCAUUAGAAUUAAAACCAUCUAAUGUCACUGCAGAAUAAGAAUAAGCCAAUUUAAAUUGACAAACAAAACCUUAAAAUAUGAAGAAAUUGAAAUAAAACAAUAUGGAAGUAAAAAAAAACGCAAUAACAAAUGUGUAUUAUUUAUAUAAUGUAUACUUGUUUUGUACUAUGUUGCAAAUGGGACGCGUCGCAAUGAGUAAUUACAUCGUGGUGACGCCUCAUACGUCAAUAAAGAUCAAUAAUAAUAAUUAUAUAAUAAU